UUCGUUCGAUCUCUUCAAAUAAUAAUAAUUUUUAUCAAAAUGAAAUUUGUAGCAGUCUUCAUCGUAUUGUGUAUUUCUGCUGUAGCAUUGUCUGCUCCAUUAGAUGAUUCAAAAAAUGCUGUCAUCACCGGCUACGAAAACGACAAUAUCGGUAUUGAAGGAUAUAAAUUUCAUGUCGAAACAAGUGAUGGUAAAUCUUUUGCUGAAGAGGGUGAACUAAAAGAUGCCGGAACAGAUGACGAGGGUAUUGCUGUCAAAGGACAAUAUUCAUACACAGGACCCGAUGGUGUUGUUUAUAGUGUAUCAUAUGUUGCCGAUAAAAAUGGUUUCCAGCCUGUCGGUGAUCACAUUCCUAAAGUUUAAUACACAAUUUUGC